GAGCAUAAGAUCAGUCUGAGGAGGAGAUGUGAAUUUGUGACAGAAGGAACUGCUGCAGCAGGAAGUGGAACCCCCCUCAACAGGAUCUACACUGAGCUCUACAUCACACAGGGACGGAGGGAAGGGGUGAAUACCCAACAUGAGGUGUGGCAGCUGGAGACAACAUCCAAGAUGGAGACCCUCCAUGACACUCCAAUCAGGUGCCAGGACAUCUUUAAACCCUUACCUGGCCAAGACACACACAUCAGAGUAGUUGUGACGCAGGGCGUUGCUGGGAUUGGAAAAACCUUCUCAGUGCAGAAGUUCACUCUGGACUGGGCAGAGGGCUUGGAAAACCAACAUGUCAGUCUUGUGGUUCUGCUUUCAUUCCGGGAGCUGAACUUGAUCAAAGAUGAGCGCUACAGUCUUCUCCAGCUGCUCCGUGUUUUCCAUCCAACAUUACAGACGGUCACAGCAGAGAAGCUCGCCGUCUGUAAAGUCGUGUUCAUCUUUGACGGCCUGGAUGAAAGCAGGUUUUUAUUGGAUUUCCAGAACAAUGAGGUCGUGUCUGAUGUCACACAGACAUCAUCAGUAGACGUGCUGUUGACAAACCUCAUCAAGGGGAAUCUGCUUCCCUCGGCUCUCCUCUGGAUAACUUCCAGACCUGCGGCGGCCAAUCAGAUCCCUCAUACAUGUGUGGACAGGGUAACAGAAGUCCGAGGGUUCACUGACCUCCAGAAGGAGGAGUACUUCAGGAGGAGAUCCAGUGAUGAGGAGCUGUGCAACAGAAUCAUCUCACACAUCAAGGCGUCCAGGAGCCUCCACAUCAUGUGCCACAUCCCAGUCUUCUGCUGGAUCACUGCUACAGUUCUGGAGCACAUGUUGGCUACAGACCAGAGAGGAGAGCUGCCCAAGAGCCUGACUGACAUGUACUCACACUUCCUGCUGGUUCAGACACAGAGGAAGAAGCACAAGUACGAUGAGAGACAUGACAGGAGUCAGCAGGAGCUGAUGGAGACUGACAGGGAAGUUCUUCUUAAGCUGGGCAGGCUGGCGUUUGAACAUCUGGAGAAAGGCAACCUGAUGUUCUACCAAGAAGACCUGGAGGAGUGUGGUCUUGAUGUCAGAGAGGCCUCGGUGUACUCAGGAGUGUGCACAGAGAUCUUCAAAACCGAGUGUGUGCUCUUCCAGAGAAAAGUCUACAGUUUUGUUCAUUUGAGCAUUCAGGAGUUUCUCGCAGCAGUCUACAUCUUCCACUGCUAUACUAACGGGGACAUGGAGACACUGGAGACUUUUCUGGGAAAAGAUGACAAUGGACAAUCCCUGGAUGCCUUCCUGAAGAGAGUCAUGUCUAAAUCCCUGAAAAGUAACAAUGGCCACCUGGACCUCUUUGUCCGCUUCCUUCAUGGCCUCUCACUGGAGUCCAACCAGAGGCUCUUAGGAGGCCUGCUGGUUCAGACAGAGAGCAGAGCAGAAGACAUCCAGAAAGCCAUCAAAAACCUGAAGGAGAUUAACCCCGACCAGUUCUCUCCUUUCAGUGUCUCUCCUGACAGAAGCAUCAACAUCUUCCACUGUUUGAUGGAGAUGAACGACCUCUCAGUACAUCAGGACAUCCAAGAGUUCCUGAAGUCAGAGAACAGAUCAGAGAAGUCACUCUCUGCUAUCAAGUGCUCAGCUCUGGCCUACAUGCUACAGAUGUCAGAGGAGGUUCUGGAUGUGUUGGACCUGAAGACGCACAGAACAUCAGUGGAGGGACGACGGAGACUGAUCCCAGCUGUGAGGAACUGCAGGAAGGCUCGGCUAUCUGGCUGUGGACUCUCAAAGACUCACUGUGAAGUCGUAGCCUCGGCUCUGACGUCCAACCCCCAUCUGACAGAGCUGGACCUGAGUGAGAACAAGCUGCAGGAUUCAGAAGUGAAGCUGCUGUCUGCUGGUCUGGAGAGUCCAAACUGCAGACUGGAGACUCUGAGAUUGAGGUUCUGCAGGUUGUCAGAGAGCAGCUGUGCUUCUCUGGCCUGGGCUCUGAAGUCCAACCCCCAUCUGACAGAGCUGGACCUGAGUCACAACAACCUUCAGGAUUCAGGAGUGAAGCUGCUCUCUGCUGGACUGGAGAGUCUAAAUUGCAGACUGGAGACUCUGAGGCUGUCUGGCUGUGAACUCUCAAAGACUCACUGUGAAGUUGUGGCCUCGGCUCUGAAGUCCAACCCCCAUCUGACAGAGCUGGACCUGAGUGAGAACGACCUGGUGGAUUCAGAAGUGAAGCUGCUGUCUGCUGGACUGGAGAGUCCAAACUGCAGACUGGAGACUCUGAGACUGAGUGACUGCAGGUUGACAGAGAGCAGCUGUGCUUCUCUGGUCUCGGCUCUGAAGUCCAACCCCCAUCUGACAGAGCUGGACCUGAGUGACAACCAGCUGCAGGAUUCAGCAGUGAAGCUGCUGUCUGCUGGACUGGAGAGUCCAAACUGCAGCCUGAAGACUCUGAGACUGAGUCACUGCAGCUUGUCAGAGAGCAGCUGUGCUUCUCUGGCCUCGGCUCUGAAGUCCAACCCCCAUCUGACAGAGCUGGACCUGAGUGAGAACCAGCUGCAGGAUUCAGGAGUGAAGCUGCUGUCUGCUGGACUGGAGAGUCCAAACUGCAGACUGAAGACUCUAAGGCUGACAGACUGUCAGGUCACAGAUGAAGGCUGUGCUUCUCUGGCCUCGGCUCUGAAGUCCAACCCUCAUCUGACAGAGCUGGACCUGAGCUACAACUACCUGCAGGAUUCAGGAGUGAAGCUGAAUCCCUACAGGCUGGAGGAUGUAACAAAUUGGAUUAAAGCUGACAGCCUGAGGAUAUAUGCCCGUCAUCUCACACUGGAUCCAAACACAGCGCACAGAUUCCUCCGUCUGUCUGAGGACAACAGAGAGGUGGAGAUGAUGUCUAAGCAGCAGUCGUAUCCUCGUCACCCAGACAGAUUUUAUCAGGAGCCUCAGGUUCUGUGUAGAGAAGGUCUGACUGGGCGAUGUUACUGGGAGGUCCAGUGGAGUGGAGAGGUUGAUAUAGCAGUGACUUACAGAGGAAUCACAAGAAGAGGUUUUGACUCUCGGCUUGGAGCCAAUAAACAGUCGUGGAGUCUGAGGUGCUCUGAUGAUGAUAACAGCUACACUGCCAGACACAACAGGAAGGACACCAGCAUCUCUGUCCGUCCCCGUGGAUCUGACAGAGUAGCAGUGUAUCUGGACUGCUCUGCUGGAACUCUGUCCUUCUACAGAGUCUCUUCUGACAGACUGAGACUCCUCCACACCUUCAGCUCCACCUUCACUGAGCCUCUCUACCCUGGGUUUGGGCUCUGGUCUCCUGGUUCUCGUCUCGUUCUGCUGCCAGUUUCUGAGGGAAAAUGUUGCAUAAUGUGAUGGAUAUGAGCAGCUUUGGAUUAAUAUCAUUGUGCUAGACAGAUAUUAUGCAAG